AUGUUGUUUCCGAUACUCGUAUCGCUCUCCCUUCUGGGACUUCCAGAUCUACUCGAAGGGCAUCCAUUGGAAACCAAAGGCCUUUCGGAAAAUCCAACAGUGAACUUGGGAUAUUCUCAGUAUGAAGGAACCGCGCUGAGCGCUGGUGUAAAUCAAUUUCUCGGCAUAAGAUAUGCGGCUCCUCCUGUGGGAAAUCUCAGGUUUAGAGCUCCCCAGGACCCACUGCGCCAAGAGGGUGUACAAGAUGCCAAGGAGUUUGCACCUACAUGUAUUGGAACGGCUGGAACUCUCAGCGAUACGAUAAAUGAAGACUGUUUAUACGUUGACGUCUUUGCUCCUAGCAAUGCAACUCCGAAGAGCAAACUGCCUGUUUGGUUCUUCAUCCAGGGUGGCGGCUAUGCCACGAACUCGGAUCAAAAUUUCAAUGGAACCGAAGUCAUUACUCGAUCGAAUCACAGUAUGAUCUUUGUGCAAAUCAACUAUCGCGUCGGCGCUUUCGGAUUUUUAGCGAGCGAGAAGAUCAGGCGAGACGGUAAUCUAAAUGUUGGGCUUCUCGAUCAAUCCAAGGCUUUGGAGUGGGCUCGGAAGUACAUCCAUCUGUUUGGCGGAGAUCCAAAUCACAUUGUCAUCCACGGAGAUUCGGCCGGUGGAGGCUCAAUUGCGUACCAUUUGACGGCCUACGGAGGAGGUCGUGAACGAUCAUUUAUCGGUGCAAUUUCGGAGUCUCCAUUUCUGCCUACCCAUCGCACAGUUGCAGAGUCGGAAUUCCAAUUCGACAAAUUUGUACAAGAUGCUAAUUGUACUGGCGAUAAAGACGUCUUGGAGUGCCUGCGUUCUCAGGAGACAACCACCCUACAAGCUGCAGAUGUGAAAUCCCGUUUUCCCGGUACAACACAAACUCCGCUGUGGUACUUUUUGCCAGUCGUCGAUGGCUCUUUCUCGCCAAAUCUCCUUUACACUCUCUUCGAGCAAGGUAGAGUGACCAAAGUUCCUGUUAUUGUCGGCAAUGACAACGACGAGGGAACAGGGUUCACCCCGAAUGUCACCACUUCGGCUGAGUUUCUAGAAUUUAUUCAGGCCAACUACCCCAAGUUGACCGCAGCUAACCUCGACCUGAUCAACCGGACUUACCCUCUUCAAGAGCCCUUUUUGCCCAAGCACGCACCGUAUUUUACCCCAGCUGAACUGGCCUACGGCGAAGCAACUUUUACAUGCCCGGGCCUUGAGAUUGCAUCAUCCAUGGCGAUCCAUAAUUCGCCAAUGAAAUCUUGGAGCUACAGGUAUAACGUCCAGGACAGCUCUAAGCAAGCAGCAGGUCUUGGGGUAUCACACGUAUCCGAAAAGCCAGCUAUCUUUGGGCCAGGAAAUGCAGGAUCCUGCGCUGGCUGCUCUUAUUUCACAUACAAUGCGCCGAUGGUCCCAAUCGUCAUGGACUAUUGGAUCAGUUUCAUUCUGAGUCUGGAUCCUAACACAUACCGCAAUCCUGCCGCACCAGAAUGGAAACCGUGGGGAUCAAGUGCCACUGGUCAGAGGUUGAAAUUUCAAUUGAACUCAACGGAGAUGGAGGCUGUUCCUGAUGCCCAGCUUCACCGAUGCUCAGUUUGGAAACAUCUUUCUACCAUUAUGGAACAGAAGUGA